UGAAAGGAAAUAAAUUUUGCAACAGUCAGAGUUAUACGUUCCAGGCAUUCGGACUACAAAUGGACAUUGCAAUGUGUUUAAAAUACUUGUUACUAAUAUCAUUAGGGGUGAUAGCUAUUAACAGUACGACCAUUGGAAGAAGAGUUAACGAGCAGAACAAUUUUACACAAAUCGGAGCAAAGAUUUACUUUAUAGAGGAUACACAGCGUGUCAAUUGGUUUGGAGCCUCCAACUUUUGUCGACAGCUUGGAGGCUUCCUAGUGACUUUAGAGACGGAGUCAGAGCUACAGUUACUCAGCCCUUAUCUGCAUCCAUCAAGAAGCUACUGGAUAUCCCUUAAUGAUCUUGCCGUUUCGGGUGUAUACACCUCUCAGGCCACCGGACGGGAUGCCGAAUAUUUCAACUGGUCCGUCGGACAGCCCGAUAAUAUUGGAGGUCUCGAGCAUUGCGUGGAACUCUGGAGAUCAAAUUCAUUCCAAAUGAACGAUGUGCAAUGCGAAAUCAAAUUGAACUUUGUAUGUGAGUUAGUACCGGAUUUGGGUUAGUCGAAGUGGAUUAUUAUAAAGUACUUACAGCCCGGUUGAAUACCCUUGCUUCUCACUGUGCGAUAGGGUUGUCGAGCACCCGGAUCGAUUUUACCGUACAUUGUUCUAUCCAUUAUUGUUUAACACAAUUUAAUCUUUUAGCUGCAUUAAAAAGCCAAUGAGAAA